AUGACGGACGACGCGAGCCAGAAUGACUACGUCAAGGACUUGGACCAUUAUGACAAAGAGACAGUCUCUCCCAACCCAAGCAGUAAACGUCGGCGACUUGAUGAGCCUGGUCUCGCCGAGCCAGUUGUCCCGGCUGAGCAGACGGCUCCUCCUGCUGCCAUCAGUAAGGCGGCGGUUGACGUGUCGCCCGUGCAGCGCGAUGCAGAGCCCAGUCCCGAUGCCAUCGAGCCCGACUCCGCGGACGCACGCCUCGAUCGUGUGCGCCAAGCCAUGAGAGGCCAGACCCAGCGUGCUCUUGCCGAAGACUCCGAUUCCCGCGAGUUUGGUCAGCUCUCGACGGUCACAUGCUUCUAUCCCUCGGCUGCGCAAAAGUCGUAUAGCUCAGAGAAAAGAUUCGUCGUGCCGCCUCCGUUCGUUCGAAUACAAGGACCUCUACAGACCGCCGCCAGCUUGAUGACACUCUCAGCCCAUCUCAGAUUGACAGACAAUACCGUCCUGCUUGACUAUACCAGCCCACUCGAUCGGACUGCAUGCAGAGCUCACUUUGCGCAAUUACACAUCGGAGGCAUCACGAAACAAGAAGGCAAGGAGAAAGUGAAAGGAUGUCAUCUCGAAGUCUCACUACACAACAAACCCCAGGAAGAACUUCAGCGACAACAAGCGCUCCGGGAUAUCGAACUGAAGAAGCGCGCUCGCAAGCUGGAAGGUGAGGAUGAGCUCAUCAGAAUCGCUGGCGACUUCAAGAGGCGAGAUGAGCGCAUUCCUGUGCCACGACUACCGGCCCCCUUCGCUACCUUUGUGUCUGAACAAAUCCGCAUCGUCUCAAAGCCAGCGGAAAAUUCGCGGGUCACCCGACAGAACCCGAAAGGCUACCUGCAGAACGGUUCUCUCAUGGGCUUACUGUCUCGACAGAAGAACCAGACCGCUCGGACGCGCUUUCUCACGACCGAGGGAGGAUGCUUCACUGGUCACGCAAAUCUAUGGUCAGCUUUUCGUAUCAACGUGAUCGAACGGGGCGAGGAUCUGGUCGACCACCUCCUCAAGGCAAUCGACAAUGGCGAAGAGUGGGACCCGUCUGCAGAGACUACUGACCGGCAUCUAUCCCCGGCUCUGCACAUGAUGCAAACCCAUGAGCUGACACAAGCAAUGCCGACGCUACAUGAACACGAUGUCCAAGUCGGAAGCUCGGAUGCAGCAUUAGACGGUGUGCCCCUUGCUGAAACUGAUAGGCUCCGCGAUGAAGAGCAACAACACAAGGGCUCGCCCAUCGACGUGCCUAUCGACCCCGUUAUAUCAGAUCAAGUCAUUCGGGAGAUAACACGACCUAAAAGGGUCUCAAAGGCUCGUGCUCACUCGCCGGCAUCGAAGCUGGCAAUGAUGGGCAGUGACGUAUCUCGUUCGUUUGACCAGCGCCUGCUCAACAGCGCGGUCAAAUACGGCGAUCUCAUCGUGCUGACGGACGUAAAUACUGGCGAUCAGACCGGGCCUCUUUGGGUUCGCUCGGUCGAACAAGACAGGACUGUGCCCAUGGCUACGGGCCCCGUGAGCUACUUGCAACGGAUCGCCCUCCAGCGAGCAACGAAGCCCAAAACACGACCGGCGUUUCUCACUACCAAUGCUUUCGAUCAUAACCCUGUGCGGCCGUCAAACAAAAAUCAGAAGGGCAGGGUGAGAACGACAGUUGAGCCGCCACAGCUUCCGCAUGGAGAGGAUUCCGAGCAGGAUUAUGCCUCGAACGAGAUGGGCGAUGGACGCGUGCUCAAGAAGACUGCAUUAGCCCCAGACCUCGUCUUCCGCCAUGCGCUCUCCGGCAGACCUACCCACGCCGAAAUGAUCACAGACUCACAAGCUUGGACUGUUCUUCUUAUCGACAAGUUUGCAGAAUCCUUCUUCUGCACAAACGCAGACGGUAGCUUGCCGAUCGACACAUUCACGCCAAUGCCACAGGUCAUCACGAAGCCUAUUUACGACGAUGUCCGCAAGACGCUCGAUCUCGCCAUCAAACACCUCAGCUACACAACAGAGGAUGGCGGCGAUACGAGCGUCGAGAUAUGGAUCGGCUCACUAGGACCUUUGCCCGUCGAACUGUCGCAGAGGCCACCUCCUGUCGACGAUCUCUCCGUCGUACCCAUCACGGCUUGGCUGCCUGCGCUAUCUGAGAUCUGCAAAGCGGCUAGCGAGGCCUAUGUGAACACGCGCUAUGAGCAUCAAGGCUCCUCAUCCCGUCGUCCAGUAGUGGACAUCUUCGAGCCCGGCACCGCGACCGAUCCUCACAAACAAUUCGCAGUCAUCAGCGCUCUGGCUAUGUCUUCUCAGCCUGGGUCUGCAGCGCAGCACAGCUACGACUUUGGCGACGUCAGCGUUGCACAGACACAGCGCGACUAUCUCGACCCUGACUUGCCGGGCAUGUCGGGCCUGUCCACCCUCGCUGCCGCAGCCGUUGCAGCAGGACAAGAGCCCGGUGAGCUCGAGUCUGAGCUUGAUAUCAGCCGUGCAUUCGCGCAGCGAUCGCAUCAUCUGCCUAUCGCCCUGUUUCGCUCUGCAGAUGAAGUCGGCUUCCCCAGUGGCUACGACUUGGUCCUGAUGCCUAACGAGAUCGAAGGUGUCGUCAGCUGGGACAUCACCAUUGCAGUAUCCACACGAGUACAAGCUUGCUUCGAUUGA